AUGGACGCCGGUUCGACGGGUUAUCAGCGCCCGAGACAUGGCCACUCGGCUUCAUAUGGCGGCGGUGGUCCUCCUCCCGCAAAGAAAGUCAGAGGUAAUCCAAUCAUAACGCGAUAUCCGCCACCUCCAGGGUACGUUCCGCCCGUUCAGCAGCUUCCAACUCCACCUUAUGGGCAGUCGCCAGUGUGGUCAGGACAAAGCUAUACCCAGCCGACCUAUCUCCCAAAUCAACAGACUGGUUAUUCGACGCCGCAGACCUAUGCUCAGGCCCCACCCAGCCACCUGCCGGGCUACCACGAUUAUGCGCCGCAUGUUGCCUGGCAAGCACCAGCACAGGCCAUGGUUCCAGACCGACGUUACUCUGUGCCCACCGUACCGAAUUCUGAUCUCGACGGUAAUGGUGAUCUCUUGUCGCCUCAGGACCUCAAUGUCAACGACAACGCUCUAGAGCACGAAUUUGACGAAGAGUGCUACUAUGCGCGCCAUCCUGAGCAGAUCAUCGCCUCUUUGAGUCUUGGCAUCAUCGAACACAAGGCGCCCCUGCCUUCCAGAUCUGCAUUGCCAUGCACUUUCAGGGAAGCUGAACUGGAAGCUCUUGCACCUCGCGCUGUCUCGGCACCUCAUCGAGAAGGCGUAUCUGCUCUGUGCGUUGAUGAGGAAGCACUUCUGAGCGUGAGACAGACCGACGCGUGGCAUGACCUCAAAAGCAGUGUCAUCUUUAAAGAGUUUCCCAAAACGUGCAACAAGCUGAUCAGUAUAUCUGAUUUGCUCGCCCGCUACAAGGAACAAUUCGACGCUGAGUGGGCAGCGGGACCGCGCUCCCCAACACCUGCCCUCACACGGGCGUCCACUCCUGCACGACCAGAGUCUCGAGCGAGUAGUCACAGUCAUAUGAUGGAACAUGAUCAGCACGAAGGUUCCGUUCGGAGGAGUACAGAGCGCCCCGAAGAGUUUGGUGGGCAGUUCAAUGCGGUGGACGACUUCGAUGCAGUAAUGUCUCGUGCUAACCGUCGGUACGCAUCAGUGGGACGCUCUCGUGCUGGCUCUAUGGCGCGCUCUCGUGCUGGCUCGGUGGCUCAUUGUCGAGCUGGUUCUAUCAACCAGGUCCGAGCUGGCUCCAUUACACACUCACGAGCUGGAUCAGUAGCUCACAGCAGGGCCGGGUCUGUCACACAUACUCGACACGGAUCGGUACAGCCCCACAGCCGCCGACAAUCGUCGACAACCAACACCGUUCGCCCCAAAAUGCUCCCAGCUAUACAUGAUCCGGUUCAAGACGACAUCCUCGCCGCACUCGGAGUGAGCGGUUCUCCAAAAACGGUGUAUCAGACUCCAGGACCUGCAUUUGGACCGCCCCCGACGAGCGUUGUGACCCGUCAUAGCCGAGAGAGCUCCGUCUCCAGUGUUCACUCAAAUCACCAUCACAUACAACAGCCUUCUAUAGCAGAAGGAUCGGAAGCUUUGGGUGCGAUCAAGCAUCGCGUCACUCACAUUCAUGGUGCAAAUACACUUCAGCCGCACGACGAAGAUAGGGAACCGGAUGAAGACGCCACGCCAAGACCACAGCGCUGGCAACGCGAUAGUACACGCAAGAGAAGCUAUGCCGACUCCCAAGCCGGAGCACAGCAGUCUGAUGACGAUACCCCCAAGCGGCCGAAGCCAUGCCAGCCGAACCACAGAUAGCAUCUAUCACAACUUCGGUGUUCAAUACGGAAACUCGCUGGCGAGCGAGGACACGUCACCACACGCAGAUACGUCAGACACGCCGAGAUCGAUAGCAUAUCCAAGUCUCGCCCCCAACUUCGGAGUCCAUCCCUCACACAUCAUUUUCUCGCGAAGGUAUGGGACAAGCAGCAGGUGUGGCGAUGCGAUCCUGGCCCGCCGUAUGCUAGGGAAGUGAAAGACUGGGCAGCCAUCUUGGAUACUGCUCAUAUGCAAUAUAUCCUCCGGGUGACGCGUCGAAGGGCGAGGAAACAUGCAGAAGAUCCCUCCCAGUCCUGGGUGUAUAGGAGGUGGCACACUGCAUUCUGAUUCGGCACAUGGUGUGUACAGAUCACUUCUGGUGUACAUCGCGAAGCGCGAUAUCCCAGACUGAUAGCACAGAAACUACC